AUGUAUGCCAUGGUAAAGUGGAACACCUUUCAGAAAAAAUCACUGGAGGCAUUUUUGGAAACAGGUAACCUUCAAUCACAAGCUGCAAAAGACAAAGAAAAGCAGAGGAACAGAGAAAUUUUAUCUCGGUUGAUUUCCAUUACAAUUUAUUUGGCAAGACAGGGCAUGUCAUUUAGAGGAGAUGAUGAGACUUCAGGAAGCCUAAAUCGAGGCAACUUUUUAGAGCUUGUGGAGUUAUUCGGCAAGUAUGAUAGUGUCAUUAAAUUGCACCUGGAUGGUUUGAAAGAAACACUGGAAAUAACUGCAGUUGCAUCAGAUGCAUUACAGCAGAAAGAUAUGGACCUGGCUGCAGCCUACAAAAUUGUUGAAGGGGUACUACAGAUACUGGAGUGUUGCAGAUCAGAAGAAGAAUUUGGCAAAAUGUAUAAAAAAGCCACAGAAAAGGCUGCAUCUGUGGGGCUUGACCCCCCUGAAGAAGUCAGUGGACUCAGAAGGAAGAGGAAAGUGCCAGCAAAGUUUACUGCGGUUAGUACAGGUGCUUCUGAUAACCAUGUUUUCCCUACCUCGAAGGAGUCCUACCGUGCACAGGUAUAUUAUGUUUUUGUAGACUCCAUUACACAAGAGCUUCAGAAAUGGUUCAAGGGAGGAGAUAAUGCUACCUGGGAAAUAUUAAAUGCCCUCCACUGCCUUACUGUCCCAGAAAACUGGACCAAUGCAACAGUUCCUCCAAAAGCACUUCAAGCUCUACUAAAGAUGCUCUGCCAGUUUUAUGAAAUUGAUGACCGAGAAAAAUUGAAGACGGAGCUGAAGGUUUUUCACAGAUCAUAUUUGGAGUUUUCAUCUUUCAGUGUGUCAUCAAUGCUGUCUGUCAUCAAAGAAAAAUAUGCUGAUCUGGUUUUUCCCAACAUGACUGGACUACUGAAAACAUAUGCCACCUUACCAGUGUCUACAGCAACCGUUGAGCGUUCCUUCUCAAAACUGAAGCUAGUGAAAACAAAACUACAUAGCUUAUGCAAGGAGGAUAGGUUGUCAGACCUUCUUUUGUUGGCAAUUGAGAAAGAUGUGCCAAUCAUUCACAGUGAGGUCAUUGACAUUUUUCGAGACAUGACCAACAGAAAACUGCUGCUGUGA